AAAAAAAAAAGAGAAGAUGAGAGCAAUCAUUUUGUGUAUAUAUGUUUUGCUCUAUGUUGACUAUUAUGAUCCUUUUAGUCUAAAAUUUUAUGCUAGCCUAGAGAUAAGAUUUAAUAAAAUAUUGAAUUUCUUAUGAAUAGUACUAUCAUUAUAUCUAUAUUAGUAAUAAACUACACAGUUUUUUUAUAUAAAACAUGAUUAUUUGUAAAGCGACCCCCGAGUCCUUGUUUGUUUGAGAAAUGUUGCGUCCACCUGCACGUGUUUGUAUCCAUGUUUCUUAGGUAAUAACUAUAUAAUAAUGAUACGCGCUUGCAAAUAAAAAAACCAUCUUUUUGCUUAGUUUAAAAUACAUAUUUUGAUUUCAUUUUGUGAACAUAUAUUUGAAACUUAUAUUUGUUCAUCACAAUGAAGAAUCUUCUAGUCACUUGCUUCCCCUAACUUGUGGGCAUGUAGUAUAUCAAAUAAUAAUCAACUUUUGAAGUUUUGACAAUACAUAUGCUGAAGGCAUGAUUUCAUUAAUGUUUAUGUAUGCAGUUCCCUUUUCUGAGAUACAUCGUGUUGUUCUCCUGAAUUAAAUUGAAAAGCAUAACUCCAAGGGAUGAAAUUUGUUGGCUUAGGAACUCCUAACUACCCUUUCCUUUUGCCUUUUUUUUUUUUCCAGUGUACUUAAAGAAACUUAGUAAUUGAUUUAGUUGUUCUUCUUUAUAGGUUUUUGCUAUGCCAGAGGCAUCAAUUGGCCAUUUCCCAGAUGUUGGGUCAUCCUAUUUCCUCUCGAGACUGCCAGGCCAUUUUGGAGAAUAUCUAGGGCUUACUGGAGCUAGAAUUGAUGGAACUGAAAUGCUUACAUGUGGACUUGCAACUCAUUUUGUUCUUUCCAAGGAUCUUCAGUUGUUAGAAAAUGCCCUUUGUGAGGUUAUUUCCUCAGAUAAUGCAACGAUUUCUGCCCUCAUCAACAAGUUCACACAUAAAGCACAUUUGAAGCAAGAGACCUUUUUUAAGAGGUUGGAAUUUAUCAACAAAUGUUUCUCUAAAACGACGGUGGAAGAAAUAUUGUUGUCACUUGAGAAAGAAAUGGCCAAUGGAGCAGAUAUAUGGAUUGUGAAGGCAUUAAAUUCCAUGAAGUCGGCCUCACCAACAAGUCUUAAAAUUACUCUACGAUCUAUUAGAGAGGGAAGAAAGCAAGAUCUUAGACAAUGCCUAAUUCGUGAAUACAUUAUUAGCUGUCACAUAAUGCGAAGAACCGUCAACAAUGAUUUCUAUGAGGGUGCAAGAGCAAUGCUGCUUGACAAGGACAAGAAGCCAAAGUGGAUGCCUUCAGAACUAGAUCAAGUUAAUGAAGAAAUGGUGAAUCGGGUUUUCACCGAAGUGGAUGAUGAUGAAUGGGUUCCUAUGGAACUCCCAGAUAGACUUAAUGCUACCAACAUUGCAAAAUCAAAUCUCUAA